AUAAGAUAAAAUUAUUAUUAUCCUGCGACUGUUUCUCAUUCGGGCUGUUGCCAUUUAUCCUGCAAGAAGUUACUCGAUCAAAUUCCUGCCAAAAAAACAGGAUUUAAGAGCUCUGCUACAAAGGUCCCGCAGUUAGCAUCAGUGGUAGCCAUUAUCAUGGCCGAACAAAGGCAGAAUUACAAGUACGAAUCAGUAGCGGGGCAGGAGGGAGGAGAUGUUGAAAAGUACAGAGUGCACGACGAAGAGGUGCAAGUGACAGUCAUGCAGCAGCAAAAACCGUCCACCAGCAGGACUUUUCAGUACAUUGCAGCGUGCACAGCGAAUCUAGCUGGAUUCACAUGCGGUAUCACCCUCGGAUGGACCUCUCCAGUACUACCCAAACUUGAAACCCUCCAAGACAACCCCCUUGGAGCCAUCGUCUCCGCUGACGACUCAGGAUGGAUCGGAUCCUUGCUACCCCUUGGAGCAGCACUCGGUCCUUUCCUUGCCGGAGCCUUGUCAGACAAAAUCGGCAGGAAACGAACACUACUCUAUGGAAACCUGCCUUUCAUAGUUGGAUUAGUGUUGAACAUCAUGGCCACUAGUGUAAACUACUUUUUGUUAUCCAGAUUCCUGUGUGGUAUUGCUGUGGGUCUUACUUUCACGGUUUUGCCGAUGUAUGUUGGUGAAAUCGCUGAAGACGAAAUCAGAGGUGCCCUGGGAACACUUCUUCAACUCUUUACAACACUGGGGUUGCUGUUUUCUUUUGGCGUUGGACCUUAUACAACUUUUACAACCUUCAACGUAGCUUGUCUUGUGGUUCCUGUCGUAUUCUUAGUAACAUUCUUCCUGUUUAUCCCGGAAAGUCCGUAUUUUCUACUCCAAGCGGGAAACGAAGAUGAGGCAGAAGCAGCUUUGAUGAAACUUCGUAGUACCACAGAGGUUCAGGACGUUAAAAGAGAACUAGAUGAUAUGAAGAGUUCUGUAGCUGAUGCUCUAGCCAACAAAAGUUCUUUUGGUGAUAUCUUCAAAAAUAAAGGUCUUACCAGGGCAUAUAUUCUGGCAAACGGUUUGUUGGUAUUUCAACAGGUUUCUGGUAUCAAUAUAGUUCUCUUCUUUGCUCAGUCCAUUUUCCAGGAUGCUGGUGUAGCUCUGGCUCCCGAAAUCUGCACUAUAGCUAUCGGUACGGUGCAAGUUGUAGCUAGUGGAGCUUCAAGUGUGCUGAUAGAUAGAUCAGGCAAAAGAUUCCUUCUGAUGUUGUCAGCCCUGGGUAUGGCAGUUUCCCAAAUGGUUUUAGCAUAUUUCUUCCAUCUAAAAGACGACAAAGGUGAAGAUGUAACUUCAUUGUCUUGGUUACCGAUCUGUUGUCUCGUAGGCUACAUUAUAACGUACUGUCUAGGUUUUGGACCGAUCCCUUGGGCUGUCAUGGGAGAGAUGUUCCCAGCCAACGUCAAGUCUGUAGCCUCCACGGCUACAGCAGCCACUUGUUGGUUCUUUGGGUUCUUGAUAACGAAAUAUUUCGGGAUUGUGGCAGCUUUAAUAGGGAAGUCUGGCAGUUUUGGGGUUUUUGGUGUGUGUUGCGUGGUAGGUUUCGUGUUUGUUUAUAAGUUCUUGCCGGAGACUUCUGGAAAGAGUUUGCAAGAGAUCCAGGAUAUACUCAACGGGAGGAGUACAACGAAAGAUGUGGAAGAAGAGAAGAAUUAAGUACAAAAAAAAUGAGGGAAGGAGUACCGCUUAGAUAUUUGUUAUUAUUUAUUUUGUUUUAAUAUAUUGAUAUAAGAGAAAAAAA